UGAUCCUUAUCAACACACAGACGGAACAGCAGCCGGAGCUGCGGCCCAGUGCCAAAAACAGUGUGUACACAAGGAACAUUGCACUGAAUUCUGUCUGUGCGACUAGAGCUGGGGUUCAAAAUUCACACAUCGGUCCUCCUGAUUUAAAGCGAAUGGUGUUAAAUCUCUUCGAGUGAGUUUGUCGAACUAGUCGGAUUGGAUGGCAGAAGGAGGUUUUGACCCCUGUGAGUGCAUUUGCUCUCAUGAACAUGCUAUGAGGAGGCUCAUCAACCUGCUGAGGCAGUCCCAGUCAUAUUGUACAGACACAGAGUGCCUUCAGGAGAUGCCAGGCCCAAGCUCCUCAGUUGAAGGGGACAUCACUCUGCCUAUGAUUAUUAUGGGAUGGCUGGUUCUGGCUGUUGUGCUUUUCCUGUUGCGCCCAGCCAGUUUAAGGGGCUCUACAGCCAGUGGCAAGCCUACUGCUCCCCAUGGUAAUCAUGGCAGAGAGCCACCAGCACCACCAGUGGACUAAAAUUUUGCCUACUGCAGAGGAUGAUUUUUGACCCAGGUUCCCCCAAUCAACUACUGUGACCACAACAACUUGUCAGUUUCCAUAAUAAUCUUUACAUGUUUCAGAUUUUGGAAUAUUUUGUCUAAUAAUGGUAGGCUUGUCUAUGCAGUCACUUAACAAGGAUAACAAGGUGUCUUUCUACAAUAUAUUUAAAAGAAAUAAGCAAAUUGGUCUGAGUGGUAAACAUUUUCAAAUAUUACACUCCGUUACAAAUCUCAGUCAACAUCUUACAAUUUCUUACUUUUUCAGAGAAUUAUUAGGUAUUUAGCAAGUUGUUUAAUGUAAUACACUGACACAUAAGCCUAAUGAGACUCAUCCCUAUAAUAUACUAUAUAUAUAAUUCUGAAUAAAAAGCAUUAUCUAGAAUAGUUUAAAUAACACCAGGAGAUUUGGGGUACUUUUAAAUGCAUUAUGAGAUAGACUGAGUUGAAUAGGAUCAGAGAGGAUGGUGUUUCUGGUCUUGUAGCUUACACAUUCCAAAGCUGUGACCUCAAAGACACAUGACGUCACUGGUCUGUUUAGGAGUACAAGCCUUGCAUUGGGUAAUUUUAAAAACAUAUUUAGUUAAAAUGAUUCACACAUUUGAGGGUGACUGUUACCAAGAAGAAUCCAUAUAAAUGACGUACAAGAGGAAAUAAGAAAAUGGGUGUAUUCCACAUUGACUUGGCUGUGUUCACCGUCGUCGUAGUUAUGAAUGUUGUCCUGGUCUGGGUUUUGUUGCUCAUAGGCAGAGAGAGUUAAAGCGCAGACACUUUACCACACCUCAGACUAUACUGAUUUAUUAACCUUGUAUAUACGUGUAUACUGUAUAUUUAUCUCAAGUAAAUACCAACUGUUUAUGUUUCAGUAAAAAGUGUCAUUCUGACCAGAGUUUUGGUGGUUUUGGCUACAGGUUGUUCAUCAAAUGAUGGUGGAAUUCAGUUAAAUUUCAGUAAAGUAAAUAUAUAUAUUUUUUGUUUCCCCAGACUUUCAAUAUAAGCUAAAGAAUGGGAUUUUCUUUUUUAACAUAUUCUCAGAUGUAAACUUAUCAACUGCACUUUACUUAAAUUUGUGCUCAUACAAAAAGUGAACAUCCAGAAACACACUAAAGGUAAUAGAAUAUAAAUACAGUUCAAAUUCAAAUGUGGCGUAAUUUACUGAUAAACUGUCACCGUAUCUACAGUUCUGUAGCAAAGUAAUAAGAGAACAGAAUGGUUCACUCAUUUUUGAUGUCAAGGCUUAAGGGCUUAGUGGAUUUCAGGGCAUGUAAAUUUAAUUUAGUCUAUGUACACUGUACUAAAUGAACUGCUCUGAGAAAGGGCUUGAACUAUGCACUUUUGGUUACUUCAAAUAAAUAUGAAAA